AUGUCGACCCCCCUGAAACUCGCAGUGCUGGAUGAUUACCAAGGCUUCGCUGAGCCUCAUUUCAAGGAGUUGGAUCCAGCCAAGUACGAUGUGACCAUUUUUAGGGACACCCUCCUGCCUUACAAUCAUCCUGAUACCCCUCAGGAGGUGAAGGAUCAGCUCGUUAAAAGAUUUCAGCCAUUCGCCAUCAUUUGCACUAUGAGGGAGAGAACUCCGUUUCCAAAAGAACUUAUCGAUCAACUUCCCAACCUGAAGUUAUUGCUCACCACGGGUGUCCGCAAUGCUUCACUCAACUUGCCAGCUCUCAAGGAGCGUGGCAUCCCUGUCGCGGGGUGUCUUGUUCCUUCUGACAGCACAACACAACACACGGUGGCGUUGAUCCUUUCUCUUGCCCGGAACUUGACACCGGAUGAUCGCUCUGUCAAGAGCGGUGGCUGGCAGACAUCGUCUGCCAUUGGUUUGACAGGGAAAUACUUCGGUGUUCUUGGUUUGGGUAGACUUGGAGCGGCGACCGCCAAGAUCAUGCAACAAGCUUUCGGGAUGAAGAUCCUGGCUUGGAGCACGAACCUCACCCAGGGCGCCGCUGAUGAGAAGGCUCAAAGCCUAGGACUCCCCAUUGAAUCGGAGGACGGUGAGAAGACCUUCAAGGUCGUGAGCAAAGAGGAAUUGUUCAAGACGGCGGAUGUCGUAAGCGUGCAUCUCGUGCUGUCCGACAGAUCAAGAGGUAUCGUCAGUGCGAAGGAAUUGGAGUUGUUGAAGCCGGACGCCAUGUUUAUCAACACUUCUAGAGGCCCGUUGGUCGUUGAGAAGGAUUUAAUCGAUAUUCUGAAGAAGGGCAAGAUCCGAAGUGCCGCUCUAGAUGUCUUUGAAAUCGAGCCUCUGCCCCUGGAUAGCGAAUGGAGGACAACCAAGUGGGGAGAAAAUGGCAGCAGUGACGUUCUCCUGUCACCCCACAUGGGAUACGUGGAGAAGAGUGUCCUAUCUCACUGGUAUACCAAGCAAGUUGAGAACGUUUUGAGAUGGGAGAAGGGUGAGGCCCUAGCACAGAACUUCUUUUGA